AUGGCGGAGCAAAAGAUUGGAUUCUUGGGAUGCGGCAACAUGGGUGAGUGCAUCAUGGCUGGUUUGUUGAAGGCAAAUGUUCUCAGGUCAGAGAAUACUUUUAUUUGCAAUCGUACUGCGGCCUCGAAUGAACAUUUGGUAUCCACAUAUGGGGUGAAUAGCGUGUGCGCUGCUGAGCUGACUGAAAGGUCCGAUAUUAUUAUGCUGGGCGUGAAGCCGUACGGUAUUGUACCAGUGUUGGAAAUGAUCAAGGAGAAUAUAACACAAUGCAAGCUAAUUAUUUCCAUGGCAGCUGGUGUACGCAUUUCAACGAUCGAGAACCACUGCCCACCGAAUACUAAAGUACUGCGCGUUAUGCCGAAUAUUCCUUCGCUCGUCGGCGAGGGAGUCAUAUCAGUAACUAGUAACUCUGCUGUGACGCCUGAUGAUGAGGCGGCAGUGGUAAAGCUCUUCAGUGCAAUUGGUAAGGUCUACGUUGUGGCGGAGUCUGCGAUUCACGGAGUCGUCGGUGUGGCUGGGUCUUCCCCGGCUUACGUUUUUAUGUUUAUGGAGGCGCUCAGCGACGGUGCAGUGCGUGGUGGCAUUCCCCGUGGACAAUCAUAUGAAAUGGCUGCCCAGGCUGUUCUCGGUGCGGCAAAGAUGCUGCAAGAGAGCGGCAAGACACCUGGUGCUCUGAAGGAUAUGGUUUGCUCUCCUGGUGGUACAACCAUCGAGGCGGUUCGUUAUCUGGAGAAAGGGGGGAUGCGCUCGUCGGUUAUUGAAGCGAUGAUCCAUUGUAUGGAGAAAUCAAAGGAAUUUGAGAAGGUGUACAGCGAGUGA